GUGAUGACAAGACAAGGGCAGCAUAUUACCAAUCGUGAGUUACUCAAUUGUACGUUUUCAAUCAUCGGAAAACUUUACCUGAAGCAUAGGCAUGGAUCCUUUCGGCUAGAGACCACCCGCAAAUGACCCCACACCCGACUGCCUUGACCUCCUGUCAUGCUGCCAGUGUCAUUCGCUCGGCCUCCUCCCGACAGCCGACGGUCUACCUCCUCGACAACUUCCAUCCGGACGUUAUAGCCUUCUGCGAAGCCAACUUCAACCCCAUCACCCAGAAAAACAACCCAGAGGAGCUUGCCAAGUGGCGCGAGAACGCGCAGUACAUCCUCGUUCGUGGUUCCCGGGUCACCGCAGAGGAUAUAGCAGCCGCGCCGCACCUCAAAGCUAUCGGGAAACAGGGAGUCGGCAUUGACAAGAUCGACGCCGCCGCCUGCAAGGCGCGCAACAUCCAGAUCUUGAACACGCCUGGCAUCAACGCCCAGGCUGUUGCCGAGCUCGUCCUCGCCUUGGCCCUGGGUGUUGCACGGCAACUGGGUCCCGUCCUCGCCAAGCAGGCCCACGGCAUCCUUGUCCCCAAGGAGCAGUGCAUCGGCUUUGAGCUACGAGGCAGGACGAUCGGCAUCAUCGGCAUGGGCAAUAUCGGCUCUGCCGUCUCCAAGAUCUUUGGGGCCGGGUUCGACUGCCCGGUCAUCGCCUAUGACCCUUUUGUUCCCGCUGGUGCAUGGCCGAACAUUCCCCACGAGCGUGCCUCCACUCUCGAUGAAGUUUGGGCCAAGGCCGACAUCAUCACUGUCCAUAUGCCCCUCACGCCAGAGACGAGGGACAUGAUCUCCUACGACCAGAUGAAGGCCAUGAAGCCAUCCACUAUUCUCAUCAACGCCGCCCGCGGCGGCAUCAUAAACGAACACGACCUUGAGCGGGCUCUCUCCGAGAAGCUAAUCCUAGGAGCUGGGCUUGACUGUCACGAGGAGGAGCCUCCGAGCAAGGACAAGUACGGCGCAAUGUGGGACUUGGGCGUCAUGAGCACCCCUCAUCUUGGUGGCACAACCGCAGACUCUCAAAGAGCUGCAGGCCUGAAGGCUGCCGAGAACCUCCUUCAAUUUAUCCAGAAGGACACUACAGUAUAG